AUGCGGCUGCCUCUGGACCUAGGUGAAGACUUGGAGGGCCCGUUUGGGAAGGCCCAUGUGGCCCAGCUCACGUAUAGUUUUCCGAGACUGGGACGGAAGUCGGGAGGAGAUUCUGUUCGUCUACGGUUCUUGGGGAGCUGUAGCAAUUUAUGGUUGCGGUUUUUGCUGCUGUUAGGGCGUGAUGCGGAUACUAUUGAAUGGGACAGUCUAGAGAGAGUAUGGGAAUUAGAAACUGGGCAUGAAAAGAGAGGGAAGGCAUUUCAUCGAACAGUUGGUGGGUGGUUCGGAGUCACGGUCGCCGCUCCUCUUGGGGUUGCUUGGAUGAGAUAUCUCUAA